AUGAAGCUAAGCGAGUCAAGAAGCGAAGCAGAGAAGCACCACAACAAGCGACAACAUUUCGACCAAGACCUUAAAAGCAUGAUCUCUUCGUUAACUCACAUGAGAGGAGGAGCAGAGAAGAAAGCAGGACCGAGCCAAUACGAAGAAGGAGAAGAAGAGGACAAGGAAGAAGAUGGCAUCAGAGUCAUCACGCUCUCUGGAUCCAACCUUGGAGCAACCAUGAAGACAGAAGUUGACAACAACAACAACAGCAAUCAUGGAGACAGCUACAAAAAAGGUGGCCACGAGCUUGAUUUCUUGACCACUUUUGUUAACAGCAACUUUCAAGCUGUGAACAACUCGAUCAUGAUAAGUGCCAAGUACGAGACUCAUGAUCCUGGCGUUCAUGUUGAGAUCUCGGGAGAUGUCGAAACACCUGCGAGGGGAUCAAAGGGGAAGAAGGAAAAAACUCGUGUUAGAAGUGACCGUCGAGAAUCUCAACAUACAGAAUGA